UCAUGUACUUUUGCUGUCAUCCAUCCACCGCCGCUACCAGCUACUCCGUCUCCAAUCAACAGCCGAGUAAUUACAAGCAACAAUCCCCACUGCGCGGCACUUAGCGGGGAUCGUCCCUUGUCUGCAUGCUCAGAUCGUCUAGACUUAUCACUGCUAUGCCACCAUCGACCCCUUCUUUGGGCGCCUCACUCGUAUCCAGUCGCAGAAUGCCAUUCCCUCAUGGCAUUUGGUUGACCGUGCCAUAUGCCACCCAUCAACCUGGAUUCGCCCCGAUUGGCUUCGUCCUACAUGCGUCCGCCAUGGCUCCGGCACUUCGUGCGACUUGA